AAAAAGGGCAAACAGACUUAUAGAACGAAUAAAGAUUCGAAAUUUUAUCACAUACUACACGCAUUUCACGUCGUACUGUCAGGAUCCGGGGACGAGGGAUUGAAAGCAUCGAAAAAAGUAUAAAGAAGACGACUCACUAGUUGUUCAGCAGUAAUACAAAUCAGGAGUUUUCUGGGAAAAUCAAAGGGAAGAAGAGAAAGGGAAAAUCCACUUAUUUAAGCCUUGUGAGAAGCGGGACAGCAGGAGAAAAGAAUUCACCUGUACGUUCGAAUGAUGUGACUAGCCAUUUUAUUUAGCCCAAUUCUGAGAUUUUCUUUCAUUCUACAUUUCUGUUGCGGUGAGCUCAUAACAUUUUGCUUAACGAAACUAACUGCGGAAAAUUUGAGCUCCCACAAAAAAAAAAAAAAAAACUUCACGGGUUUGGUACGAGUGCGCGCCUGUUUGGGUUCGGUGUGUGGAAUAGAGUGAGCGCCAGCAGAGUUGUGAAAAGUUUAGAGGAGUGAAAAUAUGUCGUUACAGAAAGAGCUGGAUCAGGUGAUGAAGUGCAGAGGAGGAUCAGUCCUCGGGAAGAAGACCAUUUUGAAGAGUGACCAUUUUCCAGGUUGCCAGAACAAACGCUUGUCUCCACAGAUUGAAGGCGCUCCCAAUUAUCGUCAGGCCGACUCCUUACAUGUUCACGGUGUUGCUAUCCCAACAAUUGAGGGUAUUCAAAAUGUUCUCAAGCAUAUUGGUGCGCAAAGUGGGGGGAGAAAAGCACGAGUUAUUUGGUUUAAUCUUCGUGAGGAACCGGUUGUGUACAUUAAUGGACGCCCCUUUGUUCUGCGUGAUGUGGAGAAACCAUUCACCAACCUUGAGUACACGGGUAUCGAUAGGGAAAGGGCUGAGCAAAUGGAAGAUCGUUUGAAGGAAGACAUCCUGUUGGAAGCUGCAAGAUAUGGAAAUAAGAUCCUUGUAACUGAUGAACUGCCAGAUGGUCAUAUGGUAGACCAGUGGGAACCAGUGUCAUGUAAUUCUGUGAAGACACCACUUGAGGUGUAUAAGGAAUUGCAAAUGGAAGGAUACCUAGUUGAUUAUGAACGUGUUCCUAUAACAGAUGAAAAAUCACCAGAAGAGAUGGAUUUUGAUGCUUUAGUUCACAAAAUUUCUCAGGCUGAUGUAAACACAGAGAUAAUUUUUAAUUGUCAAAUGGGGCGUGGACGAACUACAACUGGAAUGGUCAUUGCAACUCUGAUUUACCUUAAUCGAAUUGGAGACUCUGGUCUUCCUCGAAGCAAUUCAAUUGGUAGAGUUUCUUUGUGCACCAUUGAUGUUGCUGACCGCAUGCCUAACUCAGAUGAGGCAAUUCGCAGGGGAGAAUAUGCAGUUAUAAGAAGCUUGUGUAGGGUGUUAGAGGGUGGUGUUGAGGGGAAAAGACAAGUAGACAAAGUUAUUGACAAGUGUGCUUCAAUGCAGAACUUGCGUGAGGCAAUUGCUACCUACCGCAAUAACAUUCUGCGACAGCCAGAUGAAAUGAAGAGGGCAGCGUCACUCUCUUUUUUUGUAGAGUACUUGGAGAGAUACUACUUUCUAAUAUGUUUUGCUGUAUACGUUCAUUCAGAAAGGCCUGCAGUCCGUUCUAGUUCUGCUGAUCACAGCAGCUUUGCUGACUGGAUGAGAGCUAGGCCAGAACUAUACAGUAUUAUUCGCCGGUUGCUCAGGAGGGAUCCAAUGGGCGCACUUGGAUAUUCCAGUUUGAAGCCAUCUCUGAAGAAGAUAGCUGAAUCUGCUGAUGGCCGCCCUUCUGAGAUUGGUCUGGUUGCUGCCUUAAGAACUGGUGAGGUUCUUGGUAGUCAAACUGUUCUGAAAAGUGAUCACUGUCCUGGCUGUCAAAACCCAAGUCUGCCUGAGAGAGUGGAGGGAGCACCGAAUUUCAGGGAAGUUCCAGGACUUCCAGUUUAUGGAGUGGCCAAUCCUACUAUUGAUGGUAUUCGAUCUGUCAUUCGGAGGACUGGUAGCUCUAAAGGUGGACGCCCAGUACUUUGGCAUAAUAUGAGAGAAGAACCUGUUAUUUACAUCAACGGGAAACCAUUUGUCCUCCGUGAGGUUGAAAGACCAUACAAAAAUAUGCUGGAGUACACGGGAAUUGGCCGUGAACGAGUUGAGAAAAUGGAAGCGCGGUUAAAAGAAGACAUUCUAAGGGAAGCAGACAAGUAUGGAAGUGCCAUACUGGUUAUUCAUGAAACAGAUGAAGGGGAGAUAUUUGAUGCCUGGGAACAUGUCACCCCCGAUGCAAUUCAAACACCGCUUGAAGUCUUUAAAAGCUUGGAGGCUGAUGGAUUUCCCAUUAAGUAUGCCCGCGUGCCCAUUACUGAUGGAAAAGCUCCUAAAAGUUCUGACUUUGACACAAUGACUGCUAAUAUCGCUUCCUCUCCAAAGGACACUGCAUUUGUUUUCAAUUGUCAGAUGGGUAGGGGCAGGACAACCACUGGCACCGUUAUAGCUUGUCUUGUAAAACUACGAAUUGAUCAUGGGAGGCCCAUCAAAAUCCUGGGUGAUGCAACACAUGAAGUACAUGGCGAUGCCUCAAGUGGAGAUGAAACUGAGGGUAAUGCCACUGUGUUACCCUCUAGUACUUGGCAAGUAAAAUCAGAUGAUAAACAAAAGCGUGUUUUUGGCAUAAAUGACAUCCUCUUGUUAUGGAAGAUAACGGCAUUAUUUGAUAAUGGGGUGGAAUGCCGAGGGGCUUUGGAUGCUGUUAUUGAUAGAUGUUCUGCCCUUCAAAACAUACGCCAGGCUGUUCUACAGUAUGGAAAAGUUUUUAAUCAACAGCAUGUUGAGCCUAGAGUGAGGAGAGUGGCUUUAAACCGUGGUGCUGAGUAUUUAGAGCGGUAUUUCCGCCUGAUUGCUUUUGCAGCAUAUCUUGGAAGUGAAGCAUUUGAUGGAUCUUGUGGGCAAGGAGACUUAAAAAUUACAUUUAAGAAUUGGCUGCAUCAGAGGCCAGAGGUGCAGGCUAUGAAAUGGAGCAUUAGAGUGAGACCCGGGCGAUUUUUCAGUGUGCCUGAAGAAUUGAGAGCACCUGAAGAGUCUCAGCAUGGAGAUAUGGUGAUGGAGGAAGUUGUUAAGGCUCGAAAUGGUUCUGUACUGGGGAAAGGCUCCAUACUGAAAAUGUAUUUCUUUCCCGGUCAGAGAAUUUCCAGUCACAUGCAAAUAAAUGGUGCACCUCAUGUUUACAAGGUUGAUGAAUACCCUGUGUAUAGCAUGGCAACUCCAACCAUUUCUGGUGCCAAGGAGAUACUAGCAUAUCUAGGAGCUAAGUGUAGAGCAGACAAUUCAGUUUCUCGGAAAAUGAUAUUGACUGAUCUGAGAGAGGAAGCUGUUGUAUAUAUCAAUGGUACUCCUUUUGUCUUGAGGGAGUUAAACAAACCUGUUGAUACACUCAAGCAUGUGGGCAUCACUGGUCCUGUGGUGGAACACUUGGAGGCACGUCUAAAAGAAGAUAUACUUGCUGAGGUUAGACAGUCUGGUGGACGAAUGUUACUGCAUCGUGAAGAAUAUAACCCUUCAACAAAUCAGUCUGAUGUCGUUGGAUACUGGGAAAACAUUUUGGCAGAUGAUGUGAAGACACCUGCAGAAGUUUAUUCUGCCCUGAAAGAUGAAGGAUAUGAUAUUGUCUAUCGGAGGAUACCACUAACAAGAGAGAGAGAUGCUUUGGCCUCUGACGUUGAUGCAAUCCAGUACUGUAAAGAUGAUUCUGCAGGAAGUUACCUUUUCAUAUCACACACAGGUUUUGGUGGAGUCGCAUAUGCAAUGGCCAUUAUGUGUAUUAAGAUUGGUGCAGAGGCAAACUUUGCAUCCAAAAUUCUGCAACCAUUGCUUCGGCUGGCCAUAUCUCCAGAGGCUGAAAAGAAUAUGACCUCUCGAGCUUCUAACGAAGAAGCACUCAGGAUGGGUGACUACAGGGACAUCUUAAACCUUACGAGAGUCCUUAUAUAUGGUCCUCAAAGCAAAGCAGAUGUCGACAUUGUUGUUGAAAGAUGUGCUGGCGCAGGGCAUCUACGAGAUGACAUUCUUUAUUACAGUAGAAAAUUUGAGGAGUUCGCUGAUGCUGAUGAUGAGGAACGUGCGUAUCUUGUGGACAUGGGUAUCAAGGCUUUGAGGCGGUACUUUUUCCUCAUUACGUUUAGAUCCUAUCUGCACUGCACUUCUCCUGACGAAACGGGGUUUGCUGCGUGGAUGAACGCAAGACCUGAGCUUGGCCAUCUAUGUAACAAUCUCAGAAUUGAUAAAUAAUGUUGGUCUCCUCUUAAUUACAUCGAUGCACGGUUGAUGUUUGUUAUCAUUUUUACCCUGAACACGUGUGGAUGGUGAGGAGAAAACGACAGAGGGGUAGAUAGAUCCUACUUCUACCCAGGUGGAUGGUGGGAUCGCCUCUCUCUUCCCUUUCCUUCGCUUUAAUUAAGGCCACUUCAGAGGAUCCUGUCAAUUCACGUCUUUCCCUCCCUGAAACUUUUUCCACAUCGUCCUCUACGUGUAGCUGACGCAUGCUAUCAGUGUCGGUAGAAGAAUAUCCUCUAAUGAGAAGCCGGCCGCGACACUAUGCUACGAGGCUCGAAUGUAUUAUUAAUUUGUGGUGUGAUGUUUCCUCUUACAUUCGAGCGUUGGCAUAAGGUGCUGGUGGAUUAGGAAAAUAGUGUUCGUCGUAGUAUCUGGGGCCAUGUAAUAUAAUUCAUUUGUUGCUUCUGUAAACUUAUUUCAUAGGGUUUGAGCCUACGAUCCCAGUGUAGUUAUUUGUAUGAAAAUUACUAAUUGGCGAGGUUUUCCCGGAGAAAGUAGCAGCAAUCUAAGGUUGCCCUAUAAAGCGAUUGAAUUUUUUUAAGAAUGUGGAACUUCUAAUAGAAAAUUGUCUCAAACAAUCGUCUCAUGAGAUCCAUUUAUGUGUUGGUCUGCUGUCUUUGUAACUUCGAGGCGAAGGCCACUUUUCCUUCGACAAAAUAAUACAAUUCUCGCAAUAACAAUCUAUAUCCUUUAGAUAGUUAAA